UCCUUUCCCUUAUUCCUUGUACUCAUCACCAAAAUUACAAUAUGAGGAAGUUCGCGUUAGUUCUCUUGCUUAUACUCGCAAUAUCAAACCUUACCCUAUUCCCACGCUGGGGCUCAGCACUUCAGCAAAACUACUAUGCCAACAUUUGCCCUAAUGUGGAGAGCAUAGUCCGUGGCGCUGUCACGCAAAAAUUUCAAGAGACCUUUAAUGCUGUUGGUGCCACCAUUCGUCUCUUCUUCCAUGACUGCUUCGUUGAGGGUUGUGAUGGCUCUGUACUAAUCUCAUCAACACCGACCAACACGGCCGAGAGGGACUACCCGGAUAACCAAUCCUUGAACGAAGACGGGUUCGACACUGUGGAUCGAGCUAAGGCGGCGGUAGAUGCAGAUCCCCAGUGCACGAAUAAGGUGUCCUGCGCCGAUAUCCUCGCCUUGGCUACAAGGGAUCUCAUAGCUCUAGCUGGUGGGCCGUCUUACGCAGUCGAGUUGGGUCGAUUCGACGGGCUGAGCUCGACGGUGGGCAGCGUUGUCGGGAAGUUACCCGCACCAACUUUCGACUUGGACCAACUCACCGGCAUCUUCGGGUCCAAUGGGCUUUCAAUGCUAGAUAUGAUUGUUCUCUCAGCGUGCCACACGGUAGGGUUUGCCCACUGUGGCAUAUUUUCGGACCGGUUGUACAACUUCGCCCCAGGGAGCCCAAUGGACCCAACACUCAACAAGAACUACGCGGCGCAGUUGAUCUCGUCGUGUCCCCCGAACCCGAACCCGUCGUGGCACGUUUUCUUGGACCCGGUCACCCCCGGUGCCUUCGACAACCAGUACUUCAAGAACCUGCAACAAGGAAUGGGGCUCCUAUUCUCCGACCAGGUUCUGUUCAACGACACUCGCUCGCAAUCCACCGUUAACUCUUUAGCCUCCAGCUCCUCGCGGUUCGAGCAGGCGUUUGUCGUGGCCAUCACCAACAUGGGUCGGGUCGGGGUUAAAACUGGGUUACAGGGCAAUAUCCGCGAAAAUUGUCGCGUCUUCAACUGAUUACUUAAAAAGAUUUCCUAGUAGAAAUUUGUUGAUUGUGAAAGUUCUAGUUUACUAAUAAAGAAGUUUAUAUAUUCGUCCUCAUGUUGGAUUUGUUACGGUGGAUGAUGGUCAUUUAGAUCAAGAUUAAAGCAUGGGUCGCAGUUACACCAAAAUAAAAGUUGCUCAGGUAGUUGAAUUGGGUCGAGCACAACGAACCAUAUAGUUUCUUGUGUCUGUGCACAAAUUCUAAAUGUAAUUUAUUUUUGAUCAUUUGAAAUAUAUGUUAUUUAUAUGUCUUGCAUUAUUUUC